GCCCGCUGACCCUGCUGCACCACGGCCCUCUCGCCAACAGCCCUGGGAACAUCGCUGGGACCAGGGGCCCUGCAGCCACCAUUAUGUUUGGCAGGAAGCGCAGCGUCUCCUUUGGGGGAUUCGGAUGGAUCGACAAGACCAUGCUGGCGAGCCUGAAGGUCAAGAAGCAGGAGCUGGCCAACAGCUCGGAUGUGACCCUCCCAGACCGGCCGCUGUCCCCUCCUCUCACUGCGCCUCCCACCAUGAAGUCGGCGGAGUUCUUUGAGAUGCUGGAGAAAAUGCAGGGGAUCAAGCUUGAAGAGCAGAAGCCGGGACCCCAGAAGAACAAGGAUGACUAUAUCCCGUACCCCAGCAUUGAUGAGGUUGUGGAGAAGGGAGGCCCGUACCCCAUGAUCGUCCUGCCCCAGUUUGGGGGCUAUUGGAUCGAGGACCCGGAGAACUUGGGCACGCCGACCUCCCUGGGCAGCAGCAUCUGUGAGGAGGAGGAAGAGGACAGCUUCAGCCCCAGCACUUUCGGCUACAAGCUCGAGUGCAGGGGAGAAGCCAGGGCCUACCGCAGGCACUUCCUAGGGAAGGAUCAUCUGAACUUCUACUGUACCGGCAGCAGUUUGGGGAACCUGCUUCUGUCCAUCAAGUGCGAGGAGGCUGAGGGCAUUGAGUACCUUCGGAUCAUUCUCAGGUCCAAAGUGAAGACAGUGCAUGAACGGAUCCCCUUGGCUGGACUGAGCAAGUUGCCCAGUGUCCCUCAGAUUGCAAAGGCUUUCUGUGAUGACGCAGUGGGGCUGAAAUUCAACCCUGUCCUGUACCCCAAGGCCUCCCAAAUGAUUGUGUCCUAUGAUGAGCAUGAUGUCAACAACACAUUCAAAUUUGGGGUCGUUUAUCAAAAAGCCAGGCAGACCCUGGAGGAGGAGCUGUUUGGGAACAAUGAGGAGAGCCCAGCCUUCAAGGAGUUCUUGGACUUACUGGGGGACACGGUCACGCUGCAGGACUUCAAAGGUUUCCGAGGAGGCCUGGACGUGACCCACGGACAGACGGGGGUGGAAUCAGUGUACACGAUAUUCCGGGAUAGGGAGAUCAUGUUUCAUGUCUCCACAAAGCUGCCGUUCACUGAAGGAGAUGCCCAGCAGCUCCAGAGAAAGAGACACAUUGGGAAUGACAUUGUGGCCAUCAUCUUCCAAGAAGAAAAUACACCGUUUGUUCCAGAUAUGAUUGCCUCCAACUUCUUACAUGCCUACAUUGUUGUGCAGGCUGAGAACGCGGGCACAGAGACCCCAUCCUACAAGGUCUCAGUCACUGCGCGGGAAGACGUGCCCUCCUUCGGCCCACCUCUGCCCAGCCCCCCUGUUUUCCAGAAGGGCCCGGAGUUCAGGGAGUUUCUGCUCACCAAACUCACCAACGCAGAGAACGCUUGCUGCAAGUCGGACAAGUUUGCGAAGCUGGAGGACCGGACGAGGGCUGCCCUCCUAGACAACCUUCAUGAUGAGCUCCAUGCCCACACACAGGCCAUGCUGGGACUGGGCCCAGAAGAGGACAAGUUUGAGAAUGGGGGCCAUGGGGGAUUCCUGGAAUCUUUUAAGCGGGCCAUCCGUGUGCGCAGCCACUCCAUGGAGACCAUGGUGAGCAGCCAGAAGAAGCAGCACAGUGGGGGCAUCCCCGGCAGCCUCAGCGGGGGCAUCUCCCACAACAGCAUGGACGUCACCAAGACCACCUUCUCACCUCCAGUGGCAGUGGCAACGGCGAAGAACCAGUCGAGGAGCCCCAUCAAGCGGCGGUCAGGGCUCUUCCCUCGUCUGCACACGGGCUCUGAAGGCCAAGGGGACAGCCGGACACGAAGUGACAGUGCAUCCAGCAACCCCAAGACCCCAGAUGGCGCACACUCUUCUCAGGAGAUAAAGUCUGAGACCUCAUCCAAUCCCAGCUCUCCGGAAAUCUGCCCCAACAAGGAGAAGCCCUUCAUCAAGUUGAAGGAGAAUGGCCGAGCCAACAUCUCCCGCUCCUCCUCCAGCACCAGCAGCUUCAGCAGCACGGCGGGGGAGGGCGAGGCCAUGGAAGAGUGUGACAGCGGGAGCAGCCAGCCGUCCACAACCUCGCCCUUCAAGCAGGAGGCGUUUGUCUACAGCCAGUCCCCAAGCAGCGAGAGCCCCAGCCUGGGGGCAGCCGCCACCCCCAUCAUCAUGAGCCGGAGUCCUACGGAUGUCAAAAGCAGAAACUCCCCGAGGUCAAACCUGAAAUUCCGCUUUGAUAAGCUCAGCCAUGCCAGCUCCAGUGCGGGUCACUAAUGUGCAAGAGGAGUCCUUCGCCUGUCAAAGGGAAGCCCCAGUUCUGUCCUGGAGAAGACUCCUGUUCCAGCAGUUUGGGGGGUGCCGUCCACUACUCUGACCAUCGCAGGCCUGCUGCCCCACCGGCCUCCUGCCCACUGGACCAGCUGUCUGUCCCAGUGUCCUGACCCAGCCACAGCCCUCCUGCCUGCCCCUUCACCAAGACACCCUGCAAGCACCUCCCCAUCUCUGGACAAGGCCUCGUUCCUCUAGGCUCCCCCUACUCCUGCCCACCCAAUGUGAUGUGUGUCUGGGUUGUCUGUCAUCUUGUUUUGUCUGCAGAGGCGGGAGUUGGGCAAAGGGGGAUCUGGGUACUGGGGACUCAGUCAGAGACCAGAGAGGCGGAGAGAGUGGCGAAGGAGGGGAGCAGAGGCCGACAGCAGGACUGUGCCCAGGGAGGGGCAGCACUGUGUCCUGCACAUGGCAGGCACGGCAGAUGCAUUUAGUGGUGGUGGACGGAGCACUUUUCCAGGAGCAAAAUUUGUAGUCCUCGAAGAUGUCCUGAUAGAAAUCAGCUCUAUUGCUCCCACAUCUGUGGAGCUCCCCAACAUCUGUUUGCUUCUGUACCAGUAACUUCUUACCCUCUGCUGACAUCAGGCCCAGGGCUGCCUCUGUCCCUGCUCCCUGUAUCUUGAGCGGCCGGUUGAAGCUGAGACACAGCCUGGCGUGUGUGGGAGCGGGCGCUGCACUGUUCCUUGACAGCGGCUGGAACUUUCGUCCCACCUGAUUUCACUCAGGCUCCUGAUUGCGGUUGCUGUGGGAGAAGCCCUGUGUCAGUCCCUCCCUUUUGAGCAGAUGUUUUUCCAUGAAGGGUGGGCAGCCAGCAGUGAGAAGGAAUUCAGGGAGGGGAGCCCGCGAGUGCUGGGGCUCUGGCUGAGGAAAACCUCAGAUCCGAGGACCAGGCUGGGAUCAGGUCUCUACUGGGUGUGGAAGUUCGUGGAGGAGUUACGUCCACCCACCACUUAGAGGAGAGCUGCGGUGGCGAGGUGGGGACAACACAUCAGGUUUGGUCAGGCUGGUGUGUGGGCGUGGGACUUAGAGCCGUGUCCUUCUGCACUUUAUAUUCCUGGCAUCUGUGGGGGACCCAGUGCUGCCCGAGGGACUCUUUCCAGCUACUUGCCCUUCUGCCGUGUCGGGGUUUGAUCCCCCUAAUCCUCCUCUUCCCCUCUCCAACUGCGGGUCUGUGGGCAGUUGUCACAUCUGUGGGAUUCCUGCAACCUGGGCCCUGGCUGGGUGCAGUUCAUACACAUCCUGCCACCUGCACCCUCAGCCAGAUCCCCCUUCGCUGGGUGAGCCAGCUCGCUCUCAGAGGAGCAGCCCCCUCUCGCUUCUCAGCCCUCCGAGUCUGCAGUGCGAGAGGUCGUUUCUGCUGACCAGCUCGGGUGGGGUUUAAGGUGGGGUGUCCUCCAGGUAGAACAUAGAGUCUGAAGAGCAGACCCUUGGAGGUGCUGCAGCUUCAGUGCAUGUGGGGCCUCUGUGACACAGGGCUGCUGGGGUGACGCUGGCUGGGCUCUUGCUUUAACUAGCAGAUGACAAGGAUUUCCAACCAGAUGCUUAAUUUGCAUUGGGAUCUGGGCCUGUUCCCAAGUCCAGGCCUAUAAAUGUUACACUUGUUUUUGACCCAUGUGACAAUUUCCCCAUUGCUUUGGCCGUUAGAGCAAAACCAUGAUCGUCUGUCCCCCUACUCGCAUGGACAUUAUGGGGUCCCGUUUGCGGGCUGGGCAGACCUCUCCCCUCACACUGUUUGGGAAAUGUGUUUACUUAAAGUACUAGUCCGGUAAGAUUUAUUCUAGUUAGAAGGUCACCAAAUAUCUGUUUAGCUUUUAUUAAAAGUCACUGGAGCGGCACCCACUGCUGGAACGAGGCCCGCGGAUUCUGGCAGCGCUCUGCUGGCUGAGUUUCUGAAGGAACUUGAAAGGUCAAACUGCAUUUCUUUAAAAGCUAUUCCAGGGUUCUGGCUCACUUCCCUGGGUAGCUGGUAUUUACAGCUGCUGGGUGGUUGUGCUGUGCUGUGUUGUGUUGUGGUCUGGGGGUCCUCUGGGGUUUUCAGGUUGUCCUCACUCUUUCCUACUUGGGAACCUCAUUCUCACCUUCCCCUGCUGCUCUGGCUGCACCUCCCCUCUGCAGCCCUCACCUCCUGCGAGGGCUUUACCCCUGCCUCUGAGCCAGUGGCCAGGAUGGCUGGGUGUGUCCAGAGUGAUAGGGGCACAGGCAUGCCGCCUAAGAAACACAGACCUGAGAAGUGUUGUCUACCUUCCGUGUGCUAAUGGGGGCGCUCUGGGAAGGAUCUGAACUGCGCCUGGGUCCUGCAUCACCAUCUCUAGAAACUACAUCCCCCGGCUUCCAGAGUGCACACGGCCAGCCCCACUGAGGUCCCAGGGCUGAGGGGGAGGAGGAGAACGAGGACCGGGGGGUCUCCCCUCACCCUUCUGGACCGUGGGGCAGGCAGCUCGGGUUCUUGGAGGCUGCUUCUCUCACAUUCCCCUUGUGUCUGCUGUGGUCCAAAAUGUCUUUCUUUUUAUUGCUGCGCCCUGUGUUAGGGCUCAAAGAUGUGCUCAAGCCUCGUUGGUCCUUGUGACUAGACUCAUCCUGAUGGUGCUGAUGCUGGUAUUUGAGGCGUUCAGCUUGUGAUCUCCGGGACACAGGAGAAGUGUUUCCUGGACAUGUCUCUGGCUCUGGGAACUGCCUGCCUCACAGAAGAAACUAUACUUGUCAGGUUCUGUAGGGCACCCAUAGGCCUCUGCUCAGUCGAUGCUUAAAAGCAGAUGCAGAAAGAGCUUGAGUUAGAAGGUCUUAGCUAGAGUUUCUGUCUAUGCUAAUAAGUAGAAAAUGGUGUUUCUU